AUGUUCUCCACUGUCAAUCGUACUCUUUUGCGCCAAUCGCGCCUGUUUUCCACUUCUAAUGUCCAACUAGGCUCAAAAGUGUUUUUCGACACUUCCAUCAACGGCACUAAACAGAGCAGAAUUGAGUUCGAAUUGUAUGACGACGUUGUUCCAAAGACUGCCGAAAACUUCAGAGCACUAUGCACCGGUGAAAAAGGCUUCGGCUACAAAGGAGUCCCUUUCCACAGAGUGAUUCCCAACUUUAUGCUGCAAGGCGGUGACACUGACUUGACUAAUGGAUACGGCGGAAAGUCGAUCUAUGGUACUAAGUUCCAGGACGAGAACUUUACUAGGAAACACACAAAGCCGGGUCUUCUGUCGAUGGCCAACUCGGGACCAAACACUAACGGUUCCCAGUUUUUUGUCACGACUGUCCCAUGUUCAUGGUUAGACGGAAAACAUGUUGUGUUCGGUGAAGUGUCCAAGGGUAUGGAAGUUGUCAAGCUUAUUGAAUCCUACGGUACCAUGUCCGGCAAACCCCGCGCCAAGAUUGUGAUUGAAGAAGCUGGGGAAUUGUAA